AUGUUUUUGCGCGGACAGUGGCGUAUUAUUCGUCACUAUCUUUCUUUAAGCAAUUUGAACUCUGAAGUGGAAAAACUAGUUCAAAAAAUCAAGCCAGCUACUCCUGAACAGUGGGAAAGCUUAUUAAAAAAAUUUGAAAAGGCAGUAUCUGUGAGGCUUAGUCAAGAUGUAGGUGUUAAAAAUGGGCAACACAAAUUGGAUAGUAAAGUAAAUGCAACAACUGUUGAAGAAACUGAUGCAAAAACCCAGAAUACUAAAGAGAAAAGUGACAAGGAAGACAAAAUAAGUCAAGAAGGUCUUACUGUGGGAUCAGAAGCUAAAGAAAUUACAUUUGAAGGUCUAUGGCAGGGGUUGAAACUUAAAAAAGAUUUACAUUUUGGAAAAAUAUCAGAACCAAGUUGGAAAACAAAUAAACCUAUUAUAACAAAGACGUCCAUCCAUUCCCGUACAGCCUAUGUCAUAUCUGCCAUAGUGACAGCAGAAACACCUGAAUGCCUUUUAAAAAGAACAGAACAUUUCAUUGAGCAUUUACAGCAGUAUCCAGAAUCCAGAGACUAUGCUAUAAAGGAAGGGGCAGUUAGAGCGUUAUUGCGGGUACAACACAAACUGAACAAAAGCACUGAUGAAAAUAUCAAAGAGGUUAAAGGCAUUGUAAAUGAGGCUUUAGCUUUAAUGGGAUAUACAGGACCAACAAAAAGCCGUGGACCAAACAUUCUAUCCAUAGACGGGGGUGGUAUCAGGGGGAUCAUCGCCAUAGAGAUAUUAAGGCAUUUGGAAAUACUCACAGGGAAGAAAGUACGGGAUUUAUUUGACUACAUCGUUGGUGUUAGUACUGGUGCUAUUAUUGCGGCUGUAAUUGCGAGCGGAGCUGGAACCCUAGAAACAGCAAACCAGAUGUACCUCACACUGUCUAAGCAAAUGUUUGGAAACACGUCUCUCAUUGGUGGCACAUCCAGGCUAGUAUGGACACAUUCGUAUUACGACACGGAUGCAUGGGAGCAGUUGCUGCAAGAUAAUCUAAAAGACUGUACCCUUACAGAGUGUAACAGGCAUGAUACCCCGAAGAUGGCGUUAGUGUCGUGCGUAGUGAACUCCGGGUCUCGGCUGGCGCCGUUUCUGUUUCGCACGUACGAGUGCGGGUUCCGCGUGCGGUCCGUGUUCGCGGGCAGCUCGCGCGCGCGCCUGUGGCACGCGGUGCGCGCGUCCGCCGCCGCGCCCACCUACUUCACCGAGUUCCGGCUGCACGGGCUAUUGCAUCAGGACGGCGGUAUAAUGGUAAACAACCCAACAGGUGUGGGUCUACAUGAAGCUAAACUAUUAUUUGGGCCAGACACAGUCAAAAAUGGUACAGUGAUUUCGGUUGGCACCGGCAGAGCAUUGAACAAACAUCUUGACUAUCAGUUAAUGAGCAAAGGAUUGACCAAAGACACAUCUGGGACGAGCUGGAAGGACAAGUUUAAUAAGAUUUUGGAUUCUGCUACAGAUACUGAAGGAGUACAUCUAGUUAUGAAUGACUUACUACCGCCCGGCAACUACUACAGGUUCAAUCCGCCUCUAAUGGAAGAAUGUGCAAUGGAUGAAAUAAAUCCUGAGAAAUUACAGAAUAUGAUAACAGACACAAUGGCGUAUAUUCGAAGAAAUCAGCACAAAUUCGAACAAGCCGCCGCCAUGUUGGUUAGGAAACGCACAAUCACACAGAAAGUUAUGGAUUAUGUCCAUCAUAGAGGCCAGUUAAUGGGUAUAUCUCAUGUUAAC